UACAUGAGCAAAUGAGACUGGGUUAGUGCUAAUUCGAAUGCAAGAAUAGGGAAUGCAGCUGAUGCAGGAUUGAGAUCCAACCAGAGAUGUAACUAGGAGAACACCUCUGAGUUAGGUGAGACGUGGGGUUCUUGGUUGAGAUUCUAGUGACCUGUUUGGAGUAAGGUUGAAAAAGAACACCAAACCAGGACAAUGUGAUGGAAACCACUAAGUCAUGAAUUCAAAAAACAAGGCAGAUAGUCAAAAGCCAGGAACUAGGGAUUAUACAGGAACUGAAGGAGAGAAGGCUCUUCAAUGACACUCUAUUCUUUCGGAAUGAGGAGAAGGGACCAAAAAUCUAGUGAGUAAUCUAAACAUCAGAGACAGUGUACCGCUACCACCACAACCACCACCACCAACAACGAAAACAGAUGGCUUUGAUAAUGUAUUUCAAUCACGAAACUUCUAACAAACCUCAAGCAAAGUAUGUACCAAUCCUAAGGCAUGGGCAUCCCAGAGUUCUCCAGCAGAGCAAAUGCAUUACUCUUAGCAUGGAAUUGGGAAAAUGAAGGGUAGAUGGGUUUACCCAGGAUAUGGGAAAGUAAGGGGGCAUUGGUUGUUAGUUUUUCAGGAUGGAGAAGUGUUGGAUGUGGCAAACCUUAUUUUUAACUAGAAAGGAGCUAUGGAAUAUAUAAAAGGUGGAUAUAACAGGCAACAAUUUGCUUUUUGUUCUUCUGUAGGGUGCAGAGUCAUGGAGAGAGAGAACAGUACAGUGGUGACAGAGUUCAUUCUCCUUGGUCUGACCCAGUCUCAAGAUGCUCAACUCCUGGUCUUCGUGCUAGUCUUAAUUUUCUACCUCAUCAUUCUCCCUGGAAAUUUCCUCAUCAUUCUCGCCAUAAAAUCAGACCCUAGUCUCACAGCCCCCCUCUACUUCUUCCUGAGCAAUCUGGCCUUCCUGGAUGCAUCAUACUCCUUCAUUGUGGCUCCCAGGAUGCUGGCGGACUUCCUGGCUAUGAAGAAGGUGAUCUCUUACAAAGGCUGCAUCACUCAGCUCUUUUUCUUGCACUUCCUUGGAGCAGGGGAGAUGUUUCUUCUUGUUGUGAUGGCCUUUGACCGCUAUGUUGCCGUAUGUCGGCCCUUACACUACUCAACUGUCAUGAAACCUAGAAUUUGCUAUGCAUUGUUGUUGGCUCUGUGGCUUGGGGGCUUUGCCCAUUCCAUUGUUCAAGUGGCCCUUAUCCUUCAUUUGCCCUUCUGUGGCCCAAACCAGCUGGAUAACUUCUUCUGUGAUGUCCCACAAGUCACCAAGCUGGCCUGCACAGACACCUUUGUAGUGGAGCUCUUGAUGGUCUCCAAUAGUGGCUUGCUCACCCUCCUGUGUUUCCUGGGCCUUCUGGCCUCUUAUGCUGUCAUCCUUUGCCAUGUAAAGGGGCACUCUUCUGAAGGGAAGAACAAGGCUGUGUCCACAUGUACCACUCACAUUGUCAUCGUGUUUCUCAUGUUUGGACCUGCCAUUUUUAUUUACACUCGCCCUUUCAGGGUGUUCCCAGCUGACAAAGUGGUUUCUUUCUUCCACACAGUAAUUUUUCCUUUGAUGAAUCCUGUGAUUUAUACUCUUCGCAACCAGGAAGUAAAAACUUCUUUGAGGAGGUUGUUGAGUAGGCACAUUGUUUGCUGAAUGGAAUAGGAGAAUGAAAAAUCAAGAGAGGAGAAAGUCCAAUUGAAAUUUAUUAAAUCAUUUUUCAUUCAUGCACUCAGUCAUUUAGGAAAUACUAUAUUUGUUAAGCACUUCCAAUUUUCAGGUGCUAGUCUAGUUAUAUGAAUGAGACAGGUAAGAUGGUAACAUUCUAUUUCUCCUAGAGUUAUAUUCAAGUGGGCAAAUAAAGGUUAAACUAUUAAAUAAGCAAAUAAUAAUAAUUUCAGAAAGGGUUAGUGCUCUGAAGCAAGUUGAAAAUAAUGCUAUGCUAGAGUUUGAUUGCAGGGAAGAGAGUUACUUUUUUUUUGAUUGUCAAUUAAGGUUUUGUUGAGUAAAUGACAUGAACGGGCAUGCGAUUAAAUUAUAGGCAGAGAGAAUGACUAGUAUGCAGACCUGAAGAGCUUAUGAGCUUGCUGCAUUUGAAGAUAUAAAGAUAUAAAGAAGAUUAACAAAAAAAAAUAUUUUUUUUUUUACUAGCUGAAAUGUAGUUAGUGAGUGUGAAGGUGGCAGAAAUUUCAUGAUGUUGGAGAGGUUGGUAGGGAGAAAUCUUGUAUUUUAGGCAAUACAAAGAAGUCUAGGUGUGCUCCUUGCUACUGCGGUAUCAUUGUUUCUAGGCCCUCUCAGCUGGCAAACCAAGAAAAUAUAUCUGUGCAUACUAAUCCUUGUAUAUACACAUAUCUAUAAGCAUUUGCGUAUGCAACUAUCUGUAUCUUUAUUAAACUAAACAGUUCACACUGAUAUCUCAAACUCUAAUCCAUGAUGACUCUAGCCUCCUCUUCUUGCUUAUCUGUAAAUUCCCACUCAAGAGUAUAAAACCUGUAUCUAACCAGCUGCCAUCCAUAUAUUCAAUUGUUCAAUACCAGUAUACAUGUACAGCAGUAUAGUAUUUUAAAUUUAUAGUAUUGUUUCUUGGGAAACAACUUUAACAGCUAGAGUACAGUGGUUAUGUGCUGCCCUUUAGUUUUACAGAUUCCACUCAUUUUCGAAGUUACUUAUGUCAAUACCUUCCUCCGGCAACCCCUUCACUGAGGUUGUUUCACACAUUUGUGAUAAAAUUAGAUUCACUAGUCUUCUUUUUUUUUUGGUCCAAUCUGAUAAUCUUAGACUUAAUUUGGUGUGGUUAUGCCAUUUGUAUUUAUUAUGAUUAGCACUGAUAUGGUUGGAUUAGAAUUUGCUAUCCUGUCAACUAUUUUCUAUUUGGGGUUUAUGUUUUCCUUUUUUCUGCUUUCUUUCCGUUUAAUUGAUCACAAUAAUUGUACUUUUCUCCAAUAUUUGAUUGUUAUUUUUUUUUUUUUUAAAUUAGUAGUUGCCCUAGAAUUAAUAAAAAAAACAAAAAACAUUGCAGUCAGGUCAAUUCCAACUCAUAGCAACUUUCUAGGACAGAGUAGAACUGCCACUUGGGGUUUCCAAGUCUGUAAAUCUUUUCAGAAGCACACAGCCACGUCUUUCUCUCACAGAGUGGCUGGUGGGUUCGAACUGCCAACCUUUUGGUUAGCAGCAAAAUACUUAACCACUAUGCCACCAGAGUUCUCCUAGAACUUACAAGAUACAUCUUUAAUAAAGUCUGUAUUCAAACAAUAUUUUACUGUUUGCACUGCAUUUACAAACCUUAUAUCAAUGUAUUCCUAUCCUUUGUUCUAUUGUCAUAUAUUUUAUUUUGAUGUUUGCUAU